CAGUCCUGAGCUUUAGGCCAGGGGAAUGGCAGCCCCCCCAGAGUCUCAGGAGGAGGCCCCUGGGGAGGGAGCAGGUCUGCUGAUCGUGAAGGUGGAAGAUUCUUCCUGGGAGCAGGACUCUGCCCAGCAAGAAGACAGCAGGGAUUCUGAGGCCUGCCGCCAGCGCUUUCGGCAUUUCUGCUAUAGGGACGUGGGUGGGCCCCACGAGGCCUUCAGCCAGCUCUGGGAGCUCUGCUGCCGCUGGCUGCGGCCGGAGCUUCACACCAAGGAGCAGAUCCUGGAGCUGCUGGUGCUGGAGCAGUUCCUGAGCGUGCUGCCUGGAGAUGUCCAGGACUGGGUGCGGGAGCGGAGUCCGGGGAGUGGCGAGGAGGCCGUCGCCCUGGUGGAGGUCCUGCAGAAGCAGCCAGUGAAAGCCCAGCGGCAGGAAGUGCCCUCAGAGGAGGUGGAACCUGAGGCUACAGUCCAGGGAUCCCAGACCAAGGGGCUUCCCAUGAAGGUGGGGGCACGAAGCUGGCCACCUGUACCUUGGGAGCAGCACAGCUCUGGUGCCCUGCUUCCUGCUCUUAAAGAGGGGAGUGCCAGAGGGCCAACAGAUACCUGCUUUGCCUCCAAGGUCCACGGACCUGUGACAUUUGGAGACAUUCCUUUCUAUUUCUCCCGUGAAGAAUGGGGAUCUCUGGACCCUGCCCAGAGGGAACUCUUCUGGGACAUAAAGCGAGAGAACUCCCGGAAUGUCACCCUGGCUCUGGUCCCAGAACCCAGUGGAACUGAAGAGGCCGCCCCCUCUCGGCUUGCAGGUUUGGGGCUCAAGAGCCAAGGCCAGCAGGCUGGGCUGGAGGAGACAGUGGCAUCUGCAGGCCAGGCCGGCAGCAGCGGCAGUGGCAGUGGGCGCAGGGACGUGACUGUGUCCUGGAGCCCCAAGGAGCAGCCGGAGGCCUGGGAGGGUGAAGCCCGGCCAGGGGCGCCCCUGGCCUGUGCUGCGGGGGCGCGGAGGGGGCGGCCGCCGACCCGCCGGCAACAGCUGCGGGACCUGGCAGCGGAGAAGCCACACAGCUGCGGCCAGUGUGGCAAGCGCUUCCGCUGGGGCUCGGACCUGGCGCGCCACCAGCGCACGCACACGGGCGAAAAGCCGCACAAGUGCCAGGAGUGCGGGAAGAGCUUCCGCAGCUCCUCGGACCUGGUGCGCCACCAGGGCGUGCACACGGGCCAGAAGCCCUUCUCCUGCUCGCAGUGCGGCAAGAGUUUCAGCCGCAGCGCCUACCUGGCCGACCACCAGCGCAUCCACACGGGCGAGAAGCCCUUCGGCUGCAGCGAGUGUGGCAAGAGCUUCUCGCUGCGCUCCUACCUGCUGGACCACCGGCGGGUGCACACGGGCGAGCGGCCCUUCGGCUGCGGCGAGUGCGACAAGAGCUUCAAGCAGCGCGCCCACCUUAUCGCCCACCAGAGCCUGCACGCCAAGAUGGCCCAGCCUGUGGGCUGA